AUGAGAUCAAUAACUCAAAGGUGGACGUGCCGGAGUGGUUAUCGGGCAUGACUAGAAAUCAUGUGGGCUUUGCCCGCGCAGGUUCGAAUCCUGCCGUCCACGCUUUUUGCUCUCUCUCUCUUUUCUUUUCUUUUUAUUUUAUACUUCCGUUGGGUAAUGCAACGAACUGGUUCAAGAAAAAUCCAUGGAGUUUUCGACUGAAAAACCAUGGUGGGACUGGGACUGGGAACCCCAAAAACAAAAGGUUAUUUUGUUCUCAUUCUACUCAGAGCUGCUACUUCUAUCAACAAUGGCAGCAAUGUCAGCAGAGUGAUACUAAAUCACUGCAGUACUCUCAAACAACUCCACCAACUUCACGCUCACUCCAUCGUCACCGGCCUCCUCUCUUCCUCUCAUGCCCAUUUAUUGCUCACCACUUUUCUCUUCUCUGCAACUUCACUUUCUCACAACAAUAACAAUGGCGGAUUGACUGGAUUGAGAUACGCCUUCUCUCUCUUCAACCUCAUUCAAAACCCAUCUACAUUUUCCUUCAACAACAUCAUCAGAGCCCACUCUCUUUUCUCCUCACCGCUACAGUCUCUCCUCCUCUUCUCCCGCAUGCGCCGUCUCUCCCUCUCUCCCGACUUUCAUACCUUCCCCUUCGUCCUCAAGGCCUGCGCUCAGUUGGGUCCCGGAAAUAACGACGCCAUUUCCAUCGCCCAAGCUCUUCACUCCCAAUCCUUCAAGUUUGGCUUCAACACGGAUUCUUUUGUCUCCAACGCCCUCAUCCGCGUCUACUCCGUCUGCCGCUGCCUCUCCGACGCGUGCCGGGUAUUCGCUGAGGACCCUCAACACAGGGAUGUGGUCUCAUACAACACUCUAAUUGAUGCGUUUGUCAAAGCAGGUGAAAUUUCGGGUGCCCGUAAAUUGUUCGACGAAAUGCACCUGAGAGACUCUGUCUCCUGGGGUACCAUAUUAGCCGGUUAUGCGCAGAGUAAUCAGUGUGAGGAGACAAUUCGACUCUUUUAUCAGAUGCUUGAAUUGCAAAUUCGUCCGGAUAAUAUUGCCUUGGUUUCGGUUCUCUCUGCGUGUGCCCAGCUGGGGGAUUUAGAACGAGGCUAUACUAUACACGAUUACAUUAGCACAAAUGGAAUUCGUCUAGACUCCUUCUUGACUACAGGAUUGGUCGACUUGUAUGCCAAGUGUGGCUGCAUUGAGAUUGCUAAAAAGAUAUUUGACUCGAGUUUAGACAAGAACUUGUGUACAUGGAAUGCCAUGCUCGUUGGAUUUUCCAUGCACGGUCUUGGCCAGCAAUCAGUAAACUAUUUCUUUAGAAUGAUAGAAGCUGGAAUUAAGCCAGAUGGGGUUAGCUUUCUGGGAGUGUUGGUGGGUUGCAGCCAUGCGGGUUUAGUAGAUGAAGCCAGAAAGCUCUUCAAUGAGAUGGAAUCUAUGUACAUGGUUUGUAGAGAGCAAAAACAUUAUGGGUGCAUGGCUGAUUUGCUGGGGAGGGCUGGUCUGAUAGAAGAAGCAAUGGAGAUGAUCAGGCAGAUGCCAAUGGGGGGUGAUGUGUUCGUGUGGGGUGGGCUGCUAUCAGGUUGCAGGCUUCAUGGGAAUGUUGGUGUUGCUAAGAAAGCAGCAGAGCGUGUGAUGCAGCUGAAACCGGACGACGGCGGUGUGUAUUCGAUCAUGGCGAGCGUGUAUGCGAAUGCGGAGCAGUGGGAGGAUGUGGUGAAGAUGAGGAGGUGGAGGGAGUCGAAGAAGGUGAAGAAGAGUGCAGGUUGUAGCUUGAUUCGAUUGGAAGGAGUGACUCAUGAGUUUGUUGCUGGGGACACACUGCAUCCCCAAACUGAUGAGAUAUAUUCAAUUUUGAAUAUUGCAUGUAAAGAUACCAAUUUCAAACAUUCUACCUAAAUAUGUCUCAUUAUUUUUUCAUCAAUAUAUUUAACUAGAAAAAUAUCCUGGA